AUUUCAAAAGUUUUUGGCGGCAAAACAUUUCAGUGGACAGUGGUGUCCUGCUCCUCUAAUCUGCACGAGUCAAAGAGAAACACGGGCCAAAAGCAUGCGGGGGAAAACGCAAAGAGGAAGUAGGAUGAGGAGGCAGCAGCAGCAGCGGAAGAAUUACCCGAGCGGGAUCCGAUCGUCCGGCGGGCAGACCACCCUCCAGUCCUUCCUCUUUAAGCCCAGGGUUGCCGAUGGGGAGGUGAAGCCCUCGCCGCCGUCUGAGGAGGAGGUGGUGGAGGUGCCGAUCUGCCCACCGGAGCCGCCGAAGCGGGAGAUCAUUCGAGUCACCAGGGCGACCAUCAAGGAGAAGGCGAGCGCCUUCUCGUCAGUGGGCGGCUCCUCCUCCACGGGGAAGGAUGGGAGUGGCACUCUGACCGCGGCGGUGUUCAAGCGGUUCCACGGUUCAGCCUCGGCGGCGAGAACGGAAGGUGGUGUAACACCCGUCAGCGCGGAUGUUGGUGGAGAUGCCGACGUCGACGGCAGUAUCGGCGUGAGACUGGACGUCGAGGAGAUCACCGCGGCCGGGAACCGCCGCGAGCCCAGGCUGAAGCGGAAGAGCCCCCUCGCGUUGGCCUCCCCAGGCGAUGAGCACGGGAGGGACGCCAAGGCCAGGCGCGUGGUGGUGCUCGGCGACGACCCGAGGCCGCGGCCGGCGAGGCGGCGGGGGCGCGCGAGGCCCACGCGCGGCGGCGGCGGCGAGGGAGAGGGUGGCCGAGCCCUGUACAACCACUGUAAGAAUCGACCCUUCUCGGCUUCUCCCAAACUCAAACCGCUCGCCGCGACGUUGCCUCGCUGGUUUCGGCGAGGCGCUGUUGAUCUGAGCAAGGCACUGAGGCUGCGCGGUGGUUUUGUCUGUAUGGUUUCAGACGCGAGCGGGGGCGGGUGGUGGCACGGCGACAUGGAGGGCGUGGACGGCGAGGAGGUCGGCUGGACCGACGACAUGUGGGAGGGGAUGGGCUCCGUCACGCUCGGCGGCUUGGAGUGGCACUAGCCGCCGCCGCCGCGGCGUCCGGCAGGAAAUGCCAAGGGAACAAUUAGACUACGAAGGGUUACACUUAGACAGCAGUAGAAUGCUGAUAUGUCAGUAUGUUAUGGUAAGUUCAUUUUUCAA